AUCAAUCGCAGCCACUGUUAACACACUUUGCUUUCUUCACUCUUUUACUCUCAAUUAACGUUUAGCUUCAUAGUUUCCAAGAUGAUGGGUUUAUUGAGAGUUGUGAUUAAAUCCAACCGUCCGAUUCAAAAUCAAGGGCUCAUAUUGCCUCUUAGCAGACAAUUAUCGACUCAAAUGGAAACACCUCAACAGGAGAGCAACUCAUCUGAUCCAUUCCUUCAAAACCCAUCUACUGGUUUGGUUUAUGCGAGAAUUCAUGGCAUCGGAAGGCAUACAAGGAAGAGUGACAUUAUUAGCAUGAUAGGGUCCUCUAAUUUGAGCCAAGAUGACGUUAGAUUCGAGUACAACGCGAACUAUGCUCCAGUUGCAGUGAUGAUUCAGUUCCCUUCUCGGAAUGCUUAUGACGCUUCACUUAGGGCAGUUCUUCGGAAGAGUCGCUUAUUUAGAAUGGAGAAGGCUGAUCGUCAGCAGUGGGACACUUUGCCACGCUAUGAUGGAAAAACUAUUUUAUUGCAAGGGGUCCCUCGGAACGCAGUGCCCGAUGAUGUGGAACGCUUCCUUGCUGGUUGCCAGUAUGAUUCAUCAUCAAUCCAAAUGUUUGCCAGACAACAACGAGCUUUUGAUAGACCACCAGCAAGAACAGUCCUUGUGGAGUUUCCCUCGCAUGCUCUAGCUACACAUGCAUUUAUUACGAAGAACAGAGGCUUUUGUCUUAAUAACCAAGUUGCAGUACGACUUCUUCAGUAGUCUCAUCCAUCUGCAAGAUAAUCUACUUUUUUGUUUCCUUGUUGGUGAUGUUAGAUUGCUAGGAUGUGGGAUGAUAAUUUUAAAUGUUUGGAUCAUCGGGCUGCUUGUCCAGUUUUCAGUCCUUCCGAAUGAGAACUAUUUUCAUUUACGGUAGAAAAAGCUGAGAUGAUAUUCAAAAUACUAUAGCCUUAUUUUGAAUAACAUUGCUUUGUGAAAACUGACCAAAAAAGAGAUAAUCUUUUGCUUGGAUUGUUUGAUCUUGCCA